AUGGAACGAGCCGAAUUAAUUGACACUAUUAUCGCUAGUCGAAUUGAUAAAUAUCAGCAAAAAUAUCAAGGUUUACAAUUAUUAAAAAAUGAAAAUUGUCGUUAUCUAAUUGCUAAAAACAGCCAGCAGGAAGGAUUUUUCCUGAUUUGGGAUGGACCGAAUAAAAAUGUUAAUUUCACCAAAGAAGUUUAUCAGGAAGUAGUUCAAGAAGCCCAAAAACAUAAUUUAAAAACUCCUUAUCAUGUUUAUGCUCGCUUAUAUUUAUGCCAAGUGGAUACCGUGAAUUUUUACCAAAUUCCUAAUAGUGUUUUGUUAGAUUUUGAACUAUUUGAGUUUCAAGAAAAAGCCGCUUUAAAGAUAGUUGAGAAAUACGAAAAUUAUCUCCGCCAGCCUAUUAUUAUCAAAAAAGGAGAAGAGGAAACUCCGGUUCCUUUUAUUCAAAUUCUUGACGCUUUAACUGGCUCGGGAAAAACCGUAAUUUUAGCCAAAACUAUUGGGGAAAUCAUUAAAUCGGUCUCUCGACCUCCGAUAAUUCUCUGA